AUGGCCCGUAUCGUGUGCAGAGAAGUGGAAGAGCCUCACGCUCUUCAAGCCAGAAACCUGGUGGAUCUCAACGACGACAUAUUUCUCUCGAUUUCCGAGCUUCUCCAUCAUAAGGAUAGCCUGCUGGUCUCAGCUCUCUGUCGACGCCUUCGGACAGCUCUUCUCCCCCGAAUAUUUCGUGCCGUGCGAUGGGCACCGGCCGUCCGUGAAUUCCCCCCGAAAAAACUUUGGCCCUUUGUACGGAUAUUCACCUUUUCAGGCUACAGCAUCCGUCAAUUCACGCCCGCAAUGCACCAAGAUUUCGCAGCGCAAAUUCGGACAGGCUUCGUCGACAUGAAGCUCCUCAACACAGUGAUUUUAGAGAGCAACGUCAGAGGUGGCCUUUGGCCUGAGCUACUGGACGCAUUCUCGGUUUUGUCUAGUCCAUGUCAUUUGGCGCUUCGGUCUCAUUGGAACACAACGUUGUCGGAUGAAGAGUAUCUUUUGUUGGAACCACGAAGAACGCCGAUACCUCUAGGGAUCUUUACCUUCGCUUUCCCAUUUGUCUACGAGCCAGAUGGUCAACAGGUCGCUCGGCGGCCAGCUUGGAGUUUGGCGCUUGAACUGUACAACGUCCACACAAUACUCGCUGCGGCUGCCAACACUCUGUCCUUCAUAAACCUUCCAGGCGAACUUUUACCCGCAAUGCAUGGCGCGACUUACAGCGCUCUGACUGAGCUCGUUCUUCAUGGUCUCUGGCCUGUCUUCCUCCCUUCGACUGCCAUUCCGGCAGCUGAAGACGGAUAUCUUCAAAUCACGUCCACGCGGUUAGCGGAGCCUGUCGAGGAAGAUGCCCUUGUUUCUGAGGCCAAAUCAGAAGCAGCUGUUUUGGCUGAACCAUCUUCGGGUUCAUCUGGCGAAGUUGCGCCUCCAGUAUCGCCAUUGCUUCCUCCAACUACCGUCGAUGAGUCUACUAUCACCAGCGAGGUCGGAGCGUCUAUUCCAACAUCGAAGGAGAUGAGCUUUACGGAGGUGCAUGAUUCUUCGGUCGCGACAGCAGUGGACACCGUCGCUUCCACAUCCAGAAAAGAUAGCCUUAUUCCUCUGGAUACGGCCCCGGAAUCUACAGUUAAUACAAGUUCCCCGACGUCUUUGUCUCGACCACAACCGUCUAUAGCACUCCUAGCCUUGGGAUCUCCUCCAUCACCGAGCGAGAGCGACUCCUUUACAAGACCGACCCCAUAUUCGUCUGCGAACUCGUCAUCAGUCAUGUCAAUUUUGGAAGCGAUGCCCAAUCUGCGCAUCCUCGACAUGUGCCUACUCCAUCAAAAAGACGACCCUAAACCUAUCGGCGGGGUCAUAUGUGCGCCAGAUGCCCCACCGAGGGCUCCGGCCACCUUUCUCCGCCAUCUCACUCGAUUUGAUGUCGCCUCGUUAUCUCAGGAGGAUCGUGUAUUGGAAUUCCUUCCAUCAUUAGAGUAUCUUUCACUCACCCGGUAUCCGUCUGAGUUGCCUCGGAGAACAGUUCGAAGCAGACAAACUCCGUCAACUUUGUCAGCAAUGCUCGGGCAGGCGGCGUUUCCGCACCUUACCACUCUUAAAAUAUGGUAUGCCAUCGUCUCGUUUAACGACCUCCGGGACGAGGAAGCGUUGCUGGACCUGCUGCCCAAAAAAAAUCCGUCCUUGCAGAAUCUCGAAGUCUGUCGGCGAUGGAAAAACCUGGUGCCGGAGCUCGAAGGACGAUGGGACCCCGUCCCUGUCGCAAAAGGCCUGAUCUCGCAUUUGCACGACCUGCAAGUGUUUUCGUUUGAUCCCGAUCCUCCAGAGCGAUUUGGAAAGCGGCCGUUCACCCACGCCACCCCAGAAUACCGCCAGUACUUAGGCCGCCUGCGUGAUAUGGCCGAAGAGAUCGUCGGCGCUGCGCUGUGGCUUCAAGAAAUCGCACUUCAUUGUGAAUACGGUAUCAACCUGGACUUGUAUUGGCAGGUCUGGAAGGUUGUCCCCGGUGUCGACGGAAACAUCAAGCUUGAAGAUCUUCCAGAGCAGAUAUACAAAUAUUACGACUAA